AUGACGAACCUAAACAUUCGGGUCGCAAUCAUUGGCUUUUCAGGCCUGAUUGGCAAACGGCACACCACUCAUGUAGUAGCGAAUCCUUCAACGGAGCUUGUAGCAACCGUCGAUCCAUCUCCUACGGCUCCAGCGGUGGCGAGCUCGCUCGGCAUCGAAAAUGUCCCACUCUUUACCUCUAUCGCGGAAAUGCUUAAUUCCAGCGUACCUCGCCCAGAUGCCGCCAUCGUCUGUACUCCAAAUCACACCCAUGUCCCAUUGGCGACAGAGCUUGUCGAGGCCGGUAUUCCAGUCUUAGUUGAGAAGCCACUCAGCAAUGACAUCGAAUCUGGCCAAAGGCUGGUAGAUCUGGCACGGAGCAAAGGAGUUCCUCUACUUGUCGGGCAUCACCGGCGAUUCAAUCCGUACAUAAUCGCUGCUAAACAGGCAUUGGACUCCGGCAAGGUGGGAAAGGCCACCGCCAUAUCAGGAAUCUGGGCAGUUUUCAAGCCUGAUCCUUAUUUCGAUGCCAGCCCUGUUGGAGCGUGGAGAAAGUACAAAUCGCAGGGAGGAGGUGUGGUGUUGAUCAACAUGAUCCAUGAAGUUGAUAACCUGCAGUUCCUCUUUGGGCCAAUCAUUCGGAUUCACGCAGAGGAGACUCUCCGACGGCGGGUAACUACAGCUGAAGGGGAUGGCGAUGAUGCAGCCGAAGAGGGAGUUGCUCUAACUCUUCGGUUUGCUUCAGGCGUGGUAGGCACGUUCAUCAUCUCCGAUGCUGUUGUAAGCCCGCACAACUUUGAAAUGGGAACAGGGGAGAAUCCGACUAUGCCACGGGUACGGAUACCCCAAGGAAGCGAUGAAAUUGAUGUGUACCGUAUUUUUGGUACUGAAGGUACGCUAAGUGUGCCGGAUAUGAGGCUCUGGAGGUAUCAUGAAGGUACUGAAAAAAGUUGGACCAGUCCUAUUGGACACGAAAAGCUUGAGAUUGACCAAGAUCCACGUGUUCCGUUCGAUAGACAGCUAGAUCACUUUGUCAAGGUUGUGUUAGGACAGGAUGAACCGAACUGUACUGGACAGCAAGGAUUAAGCGCACUCGAAGUGUGCGAGGCUAUUAGAAGCGCAAUUAGAAGUGAUACGGGAACUGUCACAUUGAAGCGGGAAGUUUCGAGUUAA